AUGGCAGUCAUGGCGUCGCCUCAAUCAGAACGCGCCGUCUCGGAUCAGAAGCCGACCGAAUCCACACCAGCAAAGGAUGAGAGCAAGCCCGAAACCAACGGCCACGCUCCGCCUGCUGAGAAGACCUCUAACAAGGCUGAUGAGCCCGCAAAGUCACCCAAGGUUAACGGGAAUGGCAAGCAUAAUGAGGAAGUCAAGUCGUCUUCCCAUGCGAAAGUGAGCCCUUCCAAAGAGAAGGACACCGAAAAAGAGGAACCAGCCAAACCGUCACCUACACCGGCCGUCGAAUCCUCCGUUAAGGCCAAGUCCGCAGAACCUGAGCAGGCCAAGGAAAGCAAAGAACCUAGCAAGUCUCUGAGCCCACCACCUGCUGAGUUAUCUCAGGAUGUCGACAUGGCCGAUGCGCCAGAGGUAGAGAAGGCGGAAAAGAAAUCCGACGAGAAAGCAGAGGAAAAGUCAACCGAGACAGACGCCGAAGCCUCUGAGCCUGCGAAGACCGCGACGGAAACUAAAGACGUCGAGAUGAAGGAGGGCGAGGAAAAGGUCAACGGGGCGAAGGAUGAGUCGCCGGCGGCUGCCGUGGCUGCGGCUGGUCAAAAGGUAGAUAUCCAACCAGCAAGUUUGUCUCAACUCGCAAUUGACAAUGACAAGGACAAGCCUUCAGAGCCUGCGGACGAUGACGUCCCAAUGGCGGAGGCGCCAUCAACCGUCAGCAAAGUUUCUCGGGAGAGAGAAGAUGAUGCCGAUGCUGAGCCCGCUCCCAAGCGCGCAAAAACCGAUUCGAAUGAUGGUGCUUCGGCUUCAGGAGCCAUUGAGUCUUCCGUCGAGGUUAAGCCCCAAGGCGCGCAGGACGAUUUGGCCAAGGGCGAAUCGGCCCUCGAAGGUCUCCCGCUCUGGAUCGACGCGGCGCGUGACCUCAAACCUCUGACAUCUCACCAAACGCGAGAGUUCCGCAAGGUCUUGGCUGGUGUGAAGAAGACCAAACAUGGUGCCCACUUCAAGGACGCAGUUGUCAAGAUGUGGCCUAGCCUUGCCGAGAGCUAUCUCAUGCGGGUUAACAGACCUAUGGAUAUAGGCGAGCUCGAGCGGGGCCUGCGCGACAACAAAUACAAGAGCCUGCGUCAGUUAAAAGAUGAUCUCGGGUUGAUCUACAAGAACUCGCUUACCUUCAACGGCGUCAACAAUGAAAUCACCUCCGCCGCUCUCAACGUCGUUAAGGUGGCCUGGGAGCGUGUCUCAAGUGUACCAUCGGACGAACCCGCGAAAUCGAAGCCUGUGCCGAAGCCCUCGCGAUACUCCGAGUCUCGAACAUCUGCCCCUCCGCCUCCUGUCCGCAGGCAGCCUAGUGUUGCUGCCACGAGCCCGCCGGCAAAGGCUGAGGCCGAAGCGUAUGCUGUACCCCCUGGUGGCGUGCCGCAAGUCCGCCGUGCCUCGACACAGAAUGACUUGGACCGACCCAAGCGCGCCAUCCAGCCCACUAAGAACCGCGAUCCGGAUUAUUCUGCCAAGAACUUCAACCGGAAGAAGUUGCCAAUCGAGCUCCAAUUCUGCUACGAGGUGAUCAGCGAGCUGAUGGAUGCCAAGAACGCUCACUGCAACCUCGCGUUCCUGCAUCCUGUCGACCCUGUCGCUCUGGCCAUCCCCACCUAUUUUACCAUCAUCAAGCGGCCGAUGGACAUUGGUACGAUUAUGGCCAAGCUCAAGAACUACGACUACCCGGGUAUCAAGGAGUUUCAAACAGACGUCAAGCAAGUUUUCAAGAACUGUUACAAGUUCAACCAACCCGGCCAACCUGUCUACGAGCAAGGUCAACAACUCGAGCACGUCUUUAGGAGCCUGUGGUCCAAGAAGGAGCAGUGGAUAACCAAACACACACCAGCCAAGCCAGUUUCCGAUGGGUCAGGUCACGAUAGUGAAGACGAAGUUGAGGAAGAAGAAGAAGCGCCUGUCCCCGCGGUUGAUCCCGCGGUGGCUGCAACGAUUGCAUUCCUGGAGAAGCGUCUGGAGCAGGAGACGAAACAGUUGACAGACCUCUACAAGACGGCGGACCUCGCUAGUGACGCCGUCAUCGACCUACAGCAGUCUUUGCUCACCACCAUCCGGCAGCGCCUCAUAGACGAGAAGGCCAAGCUUGUGACUGCGAAGCCUGCAAAGAGUGCCGCCAAAGCCAAGCCGCCAAAGCCUAGCAAGUCGAAGGCGACCGGCGCCCCCACCAAGAAGGCCGCUGCGGCCCCUGUCUCGAAGAAGAGCGGCGGCGGCGUGGCCAAAAAGGCCAGGCAACGUAACAUGACCCAAGCGGAGAAGGAUGCUAUUGCGAACGCUAUCAACGAUCUUGAGAGUCCUCAUAUAGAACGUGCCAUCGACAUCAUCAAGAAAGAUACCGGUCAAUCGGAAAACAGCAGUGGCGAACUCGAACUCGAGAUCGAUCAACUUACUAAUGAGGCGCUUCACAAGCUGUGGGAUCUCUGCAGGAAGGCUUUGCCUAGCUUUGGCCAAGGCUUCGCCGCGGCUGCGCCAGCACGUGAAGCAUCACCGGUGAACAGCGCGCCGGUCAAGUCGUCGGCCAACAAGACCUCCAAGUCAAAGAAGAACAAGCCCAUGAAUGCCCAAGAGCAAGAAGCUCGCAUUGCCGAACUGGAGCGGCUUCGCAAUAUGUACGACGGAAAGGAACCGGGUGAUCAAGAGAGACCCGGUAGCUCAGGUCGUGCGCACGAAGCUCCUGUCCACGAACAUGACAGUGAAUCUUCGGACUCGGAAGAGGAGUAG